AGAUCUCUAGCGGUACUGAUCAGCUUCCUUUUGUCUGAUGCUAUUCUAUAAUCGUGCUUAAAUGUGUCAACGUGCUGUGUACGGAAAAUUAAUUGAUUUUCUCAAGGUGUUGUUCAAGUGUGAUCGUUUAUUUUAAAGAUUAGACCUUCUAAUUGUGAGGAUAGCUAAAAAUGACAACUUUUGCACGUAGAGCUCGUAUCUCAUCACUGAAAGUGACCGAUUUUGUCGUGCUAAACAAUCGACCAUGCAGAAUUGUGGAAAGGUAUCCAAAUGGUCACAACAAACUUUUUAUCGCUGCUACGGAUAUCUUUACCGGGGAAUGCACUGAGCAAACAAUUGACGUAAGAGAACGCUUUGAUGUCCCCCAUGUCUUCACUGUGCACUACAAAUUGGUGAAUAUCUCUUCGGAGGGUACUGUGACUGUUCUCCAUCGAGAUGGAGCCGUAAGGACUGGCCUAAAGUUACCAGACAACGCUCUUGGGGAGCAAAUCCGGAAGGCAUUCACGGAAUGCCAGGAAGAAGGAGGACUAGAUUUCGAAUUCAACAACAAUUUUCAGGUGACGGUGACGCAGUCAAUGGGCGAGGAGCACAUCACGUCCUUUGGUCUCUGGGAAAAUGAUGCUUGAGGAUCUCAACACGUUCACCAAUUUCAGGCACGACCAUUCACAUUUCAACAAUUCGAUUUGCUCACUAUUUCCGCAAUUUUCUAACCAAAAUCCACCUCAUCAUCUUCACGUUUCUUUUUUUUCACGGCCAACAGACUCAAUGCUCUCAUUGAAAGAUAAACUCUUGCCAUUUUUAAAGAGGUGAGAUAAUAAUGUAAAAUAAAUAGAUACUGUGUGCUUUUCACACGAUACACCAUAUUCGUUCGUCGAUGUCGCUUUAGGAUUACAGUACAUGACCACUUAAAUAUUCCUUUUCUGUUCUACAAGAGAUUGUUUUUAGUUUCAUAUAGUAAUAAGAUUUUUGAAAAAUAGGGAUUAUUCAGCUUUUACAAAAUCCUUAACAACGUUACCUAUAACAUUUGUAAAAUAAAUAUUGAACUCAAAAACAUAUCAAAAAUUCAAAUAUCAUUUUGAAAAAUACAAAUACAGAAUUUUACAAUAAUGUUAUACAAGAGGCAACUUGGCGUUCAUCUUUUAAAUAAUUUUAAUGUACCAAUAAUGCUUUUUAUCUAAUUUUAUCAGACCUUGUAUGAAGAUAAUAUUCUAGAGAAACAUUAUAUUUCUGAAUGUUCGAAAGCGUAUAAAAAAGUUCAUCUUUGAAUAAAGUUAUAAAGUUUAAUUAUUUCUCUGGCAUUUAUUUUUUGUUAUAGAAUAUUUAUUAUAAUUAUAACUAAAAGAUGAAUAAAAAGCUUUACACAA